CAGCCAAAGAACGUCCAGAAGCCCACGAAGAAGCGUAAGACCAACAAGCGCAUCCUCACCUCAGACACCGCCAAGUCUCGCCUCAAUGCCAGAUCCGGCACUCGAACAGCACGUGGCCAGGUUCGCCAGGACAUUGCCCUCCACACCAAGCCGAAGAGAGAUGCCUUCCUCAUCGCCAAUAGUGAAUACUUCCUCCCAUUGCUGCCGAAAUCCAAUUAUCUCGCCAAGACCGAGGCUGCUGCCUCAAAGGCGAACCACCAACUGCCUGAAAUGACGCAGUACUAUGAUCUGCAAGAACAGCCGAACGGUGUGAAGGCGAACAUGAAACCAUACCAACUGCAAGGACUAUCGUUCCUCGUCCAUAUGCACGAUAAUGGCAUGUCAUCAAUCUUGGGAGAUGAGAUGGGUCUGGGCAAAACACUUCAAACACUCUCGCUCUUCCAAUACCUCGAGGAGAACAAGCCGACCACGGGAGAGUUGCGACCAUACCUCGUCGUGUGUCCUCUGAGCGUCCUUUCAUCAUGGAUCAGUGAAACCAAGAAGUGGGUACCAAACCUGAACGUUGUUCGCUUUCAUGGCCCCAAAACCGAGCGUGAGCGCUUCAAGGUCGAAUGCACCGCAAAGAAGGCUCGCUAUGAGAAAGAUCGCACACAGCAUCGGGAUGACCGCAUGGACAUCUUCGUGACAACCUACGAGACAUUCUUGCACGAGCAAGCCUGGUUCAAGCGGAACUUCGUUUGGCGCUAUUGUGUCCUCGAUGAAGGUCAUAAGAUCAAGAACAACGAGUCGGACAUCUCUUCGGCACUGCAAGGACUGAGUGCAGAGUACCGCCUCCUGCUCACCGGCACGCCCUUGCAAAACAAUCUGAAGGAGAUGUGGGCACUGCUACAUUGGCUCUUCCCAGAAGUAUUUACAGACGACACCAGCGAUGCUUUCCGUAAAGCUUUCGACCUGAGUCGAGGUCAGGUCUCGACAUCGUUCAUGGACGAUGCUCGCCAACUGCUGGAGCUCAUCAUGCUCCGUCGCAUGAAGACCAGUCCUGGUGUCGAUCUUGGCUUGCCCGAGAAAGAAGAGGUCCUUCUCUACGUGCCCUUGACUCCGACACAGCGAUUUUGGUACAGAUGGCUGCUGAACGGCGCCGGCGACUCCACUUUGGACCAGAUCUUCUCCGGUUCUAAGGAGAAGGACGCUCAGGCUUUGACACAACGUGACCAAGAUCUCUCGAUCCUGGAAAAGGCUGCCAAAGCACUUGACACUGCCGAGGAGGCUGAUACUACAGAUCUUUGGGCCGAGUCAAGAGCAAUCAUGCAGGAGGCCAUCGACAAGGCCAAUGACGAGAAGAAGAGUGGUGGCUGGAGGAAGCUUAUGAACCUGUUGAUGCAGCUUCGCAAAGUCUGCAAUCAUCCCUAUCUCCUGUCGCCGGCGGCGCCGCGAGAGUAUAAUAUUGGCAACCAUGUUGUCGUGGCUUCAAGCAAGUUUAUCGUCCUGGACAAGCUUCUCCGAGAAUUGGUGGUCAAGCAAGGCAAGAAGGUCCUCAUCUUCUCCGGCUUCACAUCCACCCUCAACCUCUGCGAAGAGCUGUUGAUGCUUCAGAACGCAAGUGGUGCGCCUAUUCGCCACGCUCGGCUGGACGGUGGCACUGCACGUGCUCAGCGCAACCUCAGCAUUCGCCUCUUCAAUGAUAUGCAGAGCAACUUCAAUGUCAUGCUGCUCUCCACUCGUGCAGGAGGCCUAGGCAUUAACUUGACCUCUGCCACCGAUGUGGUAUUUCUUGAUGAGGACUUCAACCCGCAGGUCACCCUGCAGGCAGAAGCACGCGCACAUCGCAUCGGCCAGACAAGAAAGGUCACCGUCUACAAGCUGUGCACAUCAGGAACGGUCGAAGAACAGAUGAUGGGUCGCAUUCGCAAGAAGCUCUAUUUGUCAGCCAAGAUCACUGAGAGCAUGAGGAACAUCCACACCGCAGACGCCCCCAAUAAGAAGCGCAAGCGCACUUCGAGCGCCGAUACUGGAGGUGAUGAUGCUCCCCAUCUUGACACGGCUUCACUCCAAUCGUUGAUCAGACGUGGUGCCCGCACGCUGGCUCGAGAGGAGCUUAAGGUUGAUGAGCUGCUCAGCUGGGACUGGGACACAAUCAUCGAGAAAUGCAAGGACAAGCCGGAUGAUGAGCUGGUUGCCGAGCAGACUGGAGGCGCGAAGAUUGAUGAGCAAGAAUGGCUCAAGCAGGAGGAGCGUGUUCAGACCGCCGUGUUCGAAGGUAGCAAGCAUCGCAAGGAGAUUCAGAAGAAGGCCGAAGAGAUUAUGGAGCUCAAUCGCGCCGACCGACGACAAGGCAAGAACACCACAGUGGAGAUUGACGGCUACAUGAUCAACAAGGAGUCCCUCAAUUGCGCUGAUUGGGAGGCGGUGCCAACCCUGGCCGGGAAAGAUCCACGACUUGCCGAGUACAAGAAAGCGAAGCGCGCUGCCAUUGAAAACCAAGAGACCUGCCAGAUAUGCUGGGAUGCUGGCGAGCUGACCCUAUGUUCAGGCUGUCCGCGUUCUUACCACGUUGGAUGCCUUUCGCAUGACUUUCAAGUCAAGGCGAAGUCUCCUCUGCAAUUCCACUGCCCACAACACGAAUGUCGCGACUGUGGAGCCAAGACGACUGAUGCUGGGGGUAUGAUAUAUCGAUGCAGAUGGUGUGAAAAUGGCUUUUGCGAAGACUGUCUCGACUGGGACAAUACUACGCUUAUCGACAACACCUUGCCAGAGUUCGAGAUGAUCGGGUUUGGCCGAGUUGCGCAAGCCUACUUCAUCGAGUGCGCACACUGCAACGAGCGAUUCAGCCAGAAUGCCGAGGAGCGACGCAUGAUUGAUGCUGAACGCACCAGAGUGGCCAAGCUGUACGAGCAGUUCCUAGACGACACUGUGGAAGACCAGGGAGCCGGUGCUGAGCGCACACCAGAUACGGUGUCGGAGAUCGCCACGCCUGCUGAGAAUGACUUCCCGUUUUCAGCAAGCCACAAGACAGCCAUGAAGCAGCCUUUAGGAAAGACCCUGCUUGACCUGACAUCUGACUUGACCGAGUUCACUUCUGAGGCCGAGCAACAGCAGCCUUUGGGAAAGACCCUGCUUAACCUGACAUCUGACUUGACCGAGUUCACUUCUGAGGCCGAGCAACCAACACCGAAGCGAGCAUCUCCUCGUCAGAAGAAGCAGACUCCGAAGAAGCGAUCAAUCAUCAUUGACCUUACUUCUGAUCUUACUGACCUCUCCGAUGCUGGGGCUUCACGCUCCUCGCCUCGGCGCACCAAGAAGACUCGCCGAUGA